GGAGGUAGUAAAGUCAGUCAGCAUCGAGCUUCCGACGGACUAUGUUGCGCCCUUUGAACCUUCCGUGUUGCUAGAACACAGAAAGGACUUCUGUUGCUGCUUGUGACACAGUAGUGGUGGAUAUAUGUGCUAGUGUUUGUCGCCUGUCUAAUAGGCCCUCCGAACGUUGGAUAUAGCGAUUAAAAAGGAUAUAACUGUUGCAGUGGCCGCCGUCUGUUUGCGUGUUUUUUCGGAUUCGAACGGAAAUUGACCGUCGUUUUGUUGACGCAAAAAAGGGGUUUCCGGCUCAGAUGUACCUCCCUAGGGUUCGAGGGUGCAAGUCGUUAAUUACGACGCAUUGUGCGUUUGUGUGGGAAUCGGUAGAACAAAUCAUGAAAUUAAAGCGCGCCAAUUAAAUGUUUCGCGUGUGGUCACAUGCCGGCGGCGGUUGGAGUGCUAUUUAGAUUACAAUUGAAUAAGCUUCCCCCAGUAAGGUUUUGUGACGACGACAGUAAACUGUGAUCAAGCGGCGGAUGAUUGGCUUGAAUCAGCUAGCAGUGGUGGUAAUUUAUGACCACGAGCCGGCGCUUGUUGAGGGCGCUUAGCGAUGGAGUGGUACCACUUCGGGGCUGUUUACAUUGCCGGAAAAACAGCUUUGCACUGCCUUGCUCAAGUUGGUCUUAAUAAUUGAGGGGGAAAUUGGUGCUCAUCGAUUGGACCGACGACGGCAGCACAAGUAGCCGCGUGGUGUUUUGUAAACACUUGUAGGCAGUUUGAUGCCUGCUGGAUUCUGGUGUGGUGAAGUGAAAAGUGAGUGUCAAAAGUGAUAGAUAUUUUUUCGCGACGAACCUUGACAAGUACCAUUGUGUUGGGCGUUGAAGUGAAGAAAUCAAUUUUUUCCUCCUUGUCAGCGAAUAUUCAUGAAUUUAGUUCGGAAUCCGGAAACAAUUUACUGGCUUAUCACCUGCAGCAACAGCAGGCAGCAUCAACAACAAAAUCCGAUCAGAACCACAACAACGGCGCACAAAGUGCCAUGAUCAGCAGGAAAGAUGCACCGCCAUCCUUACAAAUUACACCGGCGAGUCAAAUCAAAGCACUACUAGCGAGGACACUGCUUCCUUGUGGAAGCAAAGUUUAAAUUGAACAGCCCGAAAGUUAACUGUCAUCAGUAGUCAGUUGGGAACUCAACCGUCACCGUCGGGGUCGGGUGCAAUUGUGUAUAAUACAUAUGUGUGUGUAUGUGCGAUUUUGUGUUCCUGGAUAUUCCCAUGGUGAAUUCAAUUAGUGCAACUUUGGGUGAAUGCCAUGACUACUGGGACACCCAGGACGAAAAAGUUAAAGCAAAUAUAAGUGAAAUAAAUUGCUCCAAAUCCGUUUGUGUGAUUCGUUUGGAUCCGUUCCUGCAGGUUUUGCUGUUGGCGGGAGAGAGAGAGAGAGAGAGAGAGAGAGAGAGAGAGAAAAAUUAGUGUGUUAGUUAGAGUUGGCUGUGAAAAUCAAAAGUUUCGCUUGACUUAUUCUUCGACUGUGUGCACGGUUUGCUCCAUUAUCUAAGAAGAGAAGUAUUCGGGCAUCGCAGUGUGAACCAUAACAUCGCAUCGAGGGAUUGAAUCAAGCGAUCCGAGUUCGGGAUUUGAUCCUUGUGUUUGAAAAAAGUGCUCGAAAGAUAAAGAAAAGAAAAUCAAAAGGAGGUGGCAAGAAUUUGUUUGGGAGUAUUUUUGACGAGUAAGUUAUUUUAUAUUGCCAGCGGAACAUAUAGAAUCCUGCGACCAAUUCCCAAAGUUGCGACGGCUGUCUAUGCCAAAUUGAUUCCAGGCCGGGGCUGAAUUUGCAUUCGAAACCAAUUUUUUGCUCGUGGGAAUCCCACAGCAGAACCCAGCGAAGAUGGACAUCGACAUCAUUGACAUCCGGACGCUUGGAUAUUUGUCCAGCACAAGCACGGUGGUAUCGGCCACUACAAUCUGUAACCUGACGACGGCGGCGGCCGCAGCAGCAGCGGUGAAUCAGAGCGAUACCGGUGGCGAUGGUGGCGGAACCGGCGGGACAAGCGGAAGUGGUCGAACCGGGCCAAAGGAUAGCGGCGACGAUGACGACGUUGACGCUCUGUCUCCGCUCUCGAUGUCCUUUCUCGGUGUUUUCCUAUCGAUUGUGAUAUUCCUGUCCGUAGCCGGUAACAUCCUGGUGUGUAUAGCGAUCUACACCGAGCGGAGUCUUCGGCGAAUCGGGAACCUCUUCCUGGCGUCACUGGCCAUCGCAGACCUGUUCGUGGCAUCGCUGGUCAUGACGUUCGCCGGCGUUAAUGAUUUAUUAGGUUAUUGGAUCUUCGGGGCCCAGUUUUGCGACACCUGGGUGGCGUUCGAUGUCAUGUGUUCAACCGCUUCCAUCCUGAACCUGUGCGCCAUCUCGCUGGAUCGGUACAUACACAUCAAGGACCCGCUCAGAUAUGGCCGCUGGGUGACGCGCCGAGUUGCUAUCGGGACGAUCGUCGUCAUUUGGCUACUGGCGGCGCUCGUAUCGUUUGUGCCAAUCUCGCUGGACCUACACCGGGACAAACGGGACGAAACGGACACCUCGCUCAUCAUCAACGGUGUCAAGUACGAAACGUGCGCCCUGGACCUGACGCCGACCUACGCCGUCGUUUCUAGUUGUAUAAGUUUCUACGUUCCGUGUAUAGUGAUGAUUGGAAUCUAUUGCAGGCUGUACUGCUAUGCCCAGAAGCACGUUAAGUCGAUACGGGCGGUAACCCGACCGGGAGAGAUUAGUGAAAAGCGCUAUCGGAGCAUACGACGACCGAAGCCAAACAAGAACAAGCUGAAACUUCGCCAGCUGGCGGCGCACGCGUCCUCGCCAUACCACGUAUCCGACCACAAGGCGGCCAUCACGGUCGGCGUCAUCAUGGGUGUUUUCCUUGUGUGCUGGGUGCCAUUUUUCUGUGUGAACAUCAUUGCCGCUUUCUGCAAAACAUGCAUCGGUCCACAGACGUUCAAGGUGCUGUCCUGGCUUGGAUACUCCAACUCGGCGUUCAAUCCGAUCAUUUACUCCAUCUUUAACACCGAGUUUCGGGCGGCCUUCAAGCGCAUUCUAACGACGCGAAGUGCUUGGUGCUGCGGCCAGGAGAUGGGUAAUAUCUAUCCGCGGCACAGCGACCGCUACGUGACGGACUACGCAGCGAAAAAUGUGGUGAUGAAUUCCGGUCGGUCAUCCGCCGAUCUCGAGCAGGAUGAAGCCGAAGACCAGCAGUACUUUUCAAUCUUCUGAAAAACACUCAACACAUUUUGAACUGGAAUAAUAGAAUAAAAUAAAUGCUUCAUCCAUUAUUAACUGUAUCUGUACAAAUGGUGUGUGUACAAGCAUAGAUAUACAAACAC